UGCCGAUGCCGCUCAGUCUGCAAGCAAAUCUCGCUCAGCAAGCACGUGCCAGCCGCAACCUCCCGUCGCUUCGACACUUUGUGCUUUUUUCAACAUUUUUUCGAAAAUUCCGGAAUCAUAGCAGCAUGGCUGUUCCACUGAAUCUGCCGACCUUCCAUGAUCCGCGGGCCAGGCUGAAUGCCCGCUUAUCAAGGCAGCUCGCUAAACUGCUCGACACUUUGCACCAAUUGGAGCAACUUGACCAUCAGAGCAGUACCCUGGAUCAACAACAGUGGCUAGAACCUGAACUCGGCGACUGGUUGAUCCUCGACGAAGCCGCCGAAGGCCAGCAGCCGACCCUGAUUCCCAUCAGUCCGAUGUUGGUGGUCGACGCCCUUCGAGCUGUCCAACAAGAAGAAUACUUUGACCAAGUAGUAGCUGGCGACUUCUACCAUGCUCCUGUUGCACUCGCAUCUCGCGUCAGCUGUCACGCAGAUUCACCGCACGCGCCUCAUGCUGCGGCUUCUCCGCCAAAUGCUGAGCCUUUCGCAGCAACCGCGGCCUCGACGCGCCCAUCGCAAUCGCCGACCUGGCGACAAGUAGGCAGCAAACUGAGGCGCCUCGCAAACGAUCAGAAGACGUCCGAUUCUGCUCCUUCCAUCGUGAACGGUCGUAAUGUCGUAAAGACCUUGUUUUCGUCUGUGUUGCCGAAGAAGCUGGGCUACACGGCGGCCACCAUCUACAUGGGCAUGCGUCUGCUGUUGCGCCUCAAUCUGAGAGACUUUUGACCGACGAGUGCUGUCGCCGCAAAGCUGCUGUUUUUUUCUCAUCAUUGUGAUCGGGCCCGCUGAAAAGGGUUUUUGUAAAAAGUUAGCUGGUAAGAUUUUCGGAUUAGCCUAGGCUUAGAACUUAUCCUCGGCUCGCCGCCGAGCUGUCCUAUUAUUAAAUCAGCUUUCAUAAAACAAUCUCAUUCUGUUCAUACACGAAGAAAAAAACAAACGCCCCCGUUUGGUUGGUUUGCGCCAAAUUUCCUCUUAACUUGUAGCUUACGUUUUAGGGUUUUUUUCCGUGUGUAAUUUAUUUGUUCUGUAAUUCAAGAGACUUUAUUGGCCAUUUUUUUGAAUAUAUAGACAGUCGAGGUGUUUAUACAUUUAUCGCUCCCCCCAGUGGAUUGUAUUAAGAUUGUACACCGCACCACCAGCAUUACGCACUUACCUUUGCCAAAUCCUUGAUCUCGUGUUUAUUUUUGUUAAUAUUUUGCUCAUUUUUGCCAGCUUUCGCACCCCCAGUCCCUAAAAGUAGCAAUUUUUAGUAUUUUUUUACACAUAUCCCAAUUAUGAGAAAAAGGGUUUCUAAAAUUGAUCUCUUUUCCGAACGUUCUCGCCUCUAUGGUAAAUUCUGGUGUUGAUGUUCCUUUUUCAUUUUUGAAUUAUGUUUUUUGAUCUCCUCCCUCGGAGCAUCGCUUCUGAUCUCAUUAUUUGUAAGCAAAUGCUGUAAAUCAAAUGCGUGUUUUUGUGCGUCUCAAUUUUUAACGAAGACAUAAAAAAACUAUACUGUUGUUUGGAGAAACUUUUUGGACGAACGUGCCUUAUUGUCAGCGUUUUUGGACUCUUGCAUUUUUGUAAAUUGCGCCCCUUGUAAUAAUUGGAAUUGAGACGAGAUGAAAACACAUUGUCGUAGAUAAGGAUAUAUAUGCUCUUCGAAAGAUUUGUGAUUUGUGUCAAAUGUUGGUUAAGAGAUUGUUGAAUUUUGUAAAUUACAGUUGAGACGGUAAUGCAUCGGAAUUCUUGUAAUUUCUGCUUGACGACGAGACGUGCUACGAUUGUAAAUAUAUAUCAUCAUUGAUUAUAGAGCGGCAAAUAACUGCCGAUCAUUUUCGUAUAUAUAUCAUUAUAUACUUUUAUAUAAUAAAUGUUUUACAAUGGUA